UCUUGUGCAUAGCACGUGUAUGCGGAAAUCCCCUAGGUAGUUAGAAUUAGAGAGCGUUUGAACUUGCAGGUCGUAACGUGGGUUCGUGAAUUCAUACUAAAACUUGUCCUUGUAUCAUCAAGCAACAAUGUUCGCGUUCCUCAAGCAAAUAAUGGCAGAAAGACGCGCAUUCGUUGAAUUCGAACCUGUAUCGCCCGAGUCCGCUAACUCCAUGAAUAUUAGUAAGAAAUUUUUGCACAUCCUAGAAUUGUCGUUUGAAGCAAAGAGCCUGAUCUAUGACACGAAACUUUCUAAACCCGGAAUGCAGUCUAAGAAGAAAAAGAAACUCGGAACGAUAGAGGAGAGAGUAGAUGUGUUGUAUCAUAAUGUAAUUGACGUUUUAACGGACACGAAUUUUGACGACAUUAUUGCUCUAGCGACAGCUUAUCACAACAUAGGUUUAGGAAAUGCCGCUUUAACAAACCGUGACAAUCUUGAGGGCGCCGUAAGAUCCUUUUCAAGAACUUUGCUAUUGUUGGAAGGAAAAAUGCUGAACCGUAAAGCUAUAUUGAUAUCUAUAAGUGCUCUCAACGAAUUGAAUUUAGCUUGUGGAAAAUUGGAGCAACAGGAUACUCCUAAAUUGUUAGAUAUAGCAUUAGACCUUUAUGUUAAAUACGUAACAAGGAGUAAUAGUAAUUGGUAUCCUGAUCCUAUCAACUUGGCGAGUGUUAUUGGCAUUAAAGAAGAAGAAUCAAAUCCUAGGAUUAUGUUGCACAAUUUACAUUAUACAACCUUACAGGACCAUGCACUUGAUUACCUUGCAAAUCCGAAAAAUAAGCACGCAUUUGUAAAAUAUUUGCAUACCACAUUAAAUAUCCGAUUGACAGAUAUGAUAUCCAAUGGAACACAAUUUGAUGAAAAAUACGUUAAUUGGGCACUAAUGUUAUUUGAGCUGUCUAGAUACUUCCUGGCAAACGGUCGUUUCAGUGAAGCAAAAAAUCACAUCGCUCUUGCAGAUUACGUGAUAUACAAAUUUUUUGAAGAUAGAUUGAGUAAGAUAGAGGAAAGAGAGAGAGAACGGUUUAACGACUUGCACGAAAGUUAUGAUUAUGUCUGUGCCAUGAGUAAUAAAUUUUGGGGUUCCUACGGAGUUUCUCUUUUACGUUACUGGAUGAAAAAGUUCUCGCAUAAUAAAGAAAACAAGUCUGAUGAGAUAGAAGAUGUUUUGUCGCUAUUGAACAUAGAAUCCGAGAAGCCAGAUUUAAUAUUUUCUGACCUAGAACAAGUAUUAGAAUGCAUAACAAUUCAGAUCACAGAAACAUGUAUAUUAAAUCAUACUGAUGCCAAAUCGGUUUUUAUAAAAACUUUGAGAUGCCUUGAUUCGGCAAAGGAAUAUUUUGUUGCAGACACUGACAUUGAGACUCACACAAAAAUAAUACUUAAAAUUUCGGAAACGUACAAAUAUUUAGCGGGUUUUGAAGAACAAUAUGAUAAGAAGAUAAAACUGCAUAAACGACGAGUGGAAUGUUUGGAGGACGUCCGUCGGAAAUUCAAUGAAACAGUUGAUACAAAGACAGAAUUACAAAUUUAUAAACAGGUGUGGUACGAAAUUGUGGCUUCGUGUUCUACGAUUGUAAAUUUAAUGCUCGAAGAAGCAUAUUAUGACGAAACAUUUAAAGAGGUAUCAACAAAGUCUGAUCGAUAUAUGAAACUGAUCGCAGAAAAUAUUAAUUUAUAUUUUAGUGUAGUUUAGAUUUUUCAACAAAUUUAGCUCUUUUCUUUUCAAAUCUGUAUGUCUCGCAUUUGUGACUUUACAUUGGGGAAUACUAUUCAGAUGAAUUAUCAUACAAUUCUUGAAUGAGCCAUGUUUCUAAACGUUUUUAUAGGACAGACAUACGUGCAAAAACAUUUAACGCUAUUGUAUUUACAAUUAGUACACUCUUGUAAUUUAAUUAAUAAUCAUUUACAUAAUAUGCAAUGUUACACAUAAACGGCCAAAUUGCAAAAGUUAGCAAUGCUUGUAGAACUGUGUGAGAAAAAUAUUGGACGAACAAUUUGAAUUUUUAAGUAAUUUCUGUUUGUUUAACAAUUUGAAGACAAAUACAUUUUGUAAAAUUAAGUGCAUUGACAACAAACUAAGAAUAUAUUAAUUACCUUUUUUUUUUACCAUUCUCCUAGCAGCAUGUUUGAUUCCAAAGUAAAAUGCAUUACUGUUAACUUGAAAGAAAAAACUAAUCUUGCUCGGAUAGUGUCGAGCAGGAACAUCAAUAUCACUUUUAUAUAGUUACAACUGGAAAAGAGAGAUUGAACGUUUAUGUUCGUUUACAACGCGGAAUGUAUAAUUAAAACUUUCUGAAACGCGUCUUGCAGAGAAUUGAUCAAAUAUUAAUAGGAUUUGAG